GGGGCGGCGGGGUGGAAUUGCCGAACGGGGACGCGGAGCUGGAGUCGAGGGAGCCGGAGCCUGGCCGAGACAAGGAGGAGAGAGGAGGAGGAGGAACCAGGGAGGCGCGAUUCGGCAGCGGUGUCCGAGCGAUGGUGAAGUGGGCACGCAGGGGAAGAUCACAUCCGGGGCAGAGCGAAACGGCGGGCCCAUCGCGAGGCGACGGAUCCCCACGAGGUCGGAGGCGAGACCGGAGCGGCGGGAGGGAACAGCGCGGAGCGGAACGGAACCGCGGUUGAGCGAAGCACGAGUGCCCGAGCGGAACGUCACCCCUCCCCGAGGGACCACGACCAGCGUGGGGACGGACGUCCACAACACCGGCGGGCAGAGUUACCGGGGAAACGAAGAUCCCGACUUUGUGAGCGGGAACCAGAUCCCGAACCAGGGCGAAUCCGGUAAGAGGGGGGCCCUUGGAGAAAGGAGAGCGAGACUCCCAAAGCAGAGAGACCCAGAGCAGCUAGCUCCCAGCGGCAGGCCCUGCACCCCACAAUGUCUCCCCUCGCCCUCCUCCGCCUCGCCCUCCUCGCGGGCCUCGUGUGCGCGACCGUGAGCGGCCAGGGGCACGGCCACACUCACGGCGGGCAAGCGGGGCACGGCCACACUCACGGCGGGCACGCGGGGCACGGCCACACUCACGGCGGGCAAGCGGGGCACGGCCACACUCACGGCGGGCACGCGGGACACGGCCACACGCACGGGCCCGGCGGGGGCUGCCCUCACGCCCACGAGCCCGCCAACCCGGCCGACAAGUACCACAAGAAACACUACGAGACGGCCAAGACGCAGCAGCAGCAGCAGGGGGAGGAGGAGGAGCUCCAUGCGCCGGAGAGGAGAGACGUGGCGACCGUGUGGAUGCAGGCCCUGGGCGCCACGCUGCUGAUCUCCGCCGCGCCCUUCCUCAUACUCUUCCUCGUGCCGCUCGACUCGGACUCAGCGCGCCGCUCCUCGCUGCUGCACACGCUGCUCAGCUUCGCCUCGGGGGGACUCCUCGGAGACGCCUUCCUCCACCUCAUCCCCCACGCCAUCGAGCCGCACUCUCACCACUCGGAGUCCGGACAUGGACACAGCCACGGACACGGCGAGACGCACAACCAGGGACACGGUCACAGCCACGGCCCUGGCUCGCACCUCAUGUCCGUGGGCCUCUGGGUUCUGUGCGGAAUCAUCGUGUUCCUCGCCGUGGAGAUGUUCGUGAGACACAUCAAAGGGAGCCAUGGACACGGUCAUGGUCACAGUCACAGUCACGGCGAGAAACAAGAGAAGGGAGCGAAGAAAUCGGAUAAAGAGAAGGGGGAUGGGGAGGAGGAGGAGGUGGAGGGGGAGGGGGUGCGGAGGAGACGCCCGGACCCAGCCAGCUCCCAGGAGGGGAAGGUGGCUCCUGCAGACGGGGACCAGGGGGGGGCCCAGGAGGGAGCGGCUGAGAAGAGGGAGGAGGAGGAGCCCAAACGAGAACUGCAGGUGUCUGGCUACCUGAACCUGGCAGCGGACGUGACGCACAACUUCACGGACGGCCUGGCGAUCGGGGCCUCCUUCCUGGUGGGGCCCAACGUGGGCGUGGUGACGACGCUCACCAUCUUGCUGCACGAGAUCCCCCACGAGAUCGGCGACUUCGCCAUCCUCCUGCAGUCGGGCUGCACCAAGAGACAGGCCAUGUGGCUGCAGCUGUUGACUGCGGUGGGCGCCCUUGCGGGCACGGCGUGCUCGCUGCUGGCGGAAGGGGCUGGCGAGGCGGCGUCGGCGUGGGUGCUGCCCUUCACUGCGGGCGGCUUCAUCUACAUCGCCACCGUCUCCAUCCUGCCCGAGCUGCUGGGCCGAGCCGCGCCCCCCGCGCAGUCCGCCCGCCAGCUCGUCGCCAUGCUCACCGGCGUCGCCAUGAUGGUGCUCAUCGCCGCGUUCGAGUAAUGCGACGGUGUGGGGGGGGGGGGGGACGUGAGGGGGAGGUGCGGGGGUGCAGGGACGGGGUGAUGCGAGGUGGAUGGAGGCUGCCCGUGAAUGGGGAGAGGAGGAGUAUCCAUGGCCGUGAUGUGGGCGGGGAGAGGAUGGGAGUGAUGGGCGGGGAGAGGAUGGGAGUGAUGGGCGGGGUGGGCGAGCGAUGGAAGGGGAUGGAGCCAUGGUGGGGUGAGGUGAUGGCGUGGUGGAGGAGGGGGGGCAGGAGUGAUGAAGAGAGGACGGAGAAGGUGUGUUGAGAGAGUGGCGGUCUCCGAGGGGUAUUGUCUGUGGCUGUAACGGAGUGCAAGUGUCAGUGUGUAGGGCGUGUGUCCGUGCUCCCAUGUGUCCCUGUAUUGGGUGUCUGUCUUGUGUCACAAAGUUAAUUAUCAUCAUUCCAUAGUUAAAUGUGUAUGUGUGUGACUCUGGGUUUGUGUUUGUGUGUGUGCGCACAUGUCUGGGUGAGUGUGUGUAUCUGCUAGUUUGUGUGUCCGUGUGAGUCUGCAUGUGACUUUGUAUGUCCUGCAAUCUCUUUUAAUUCAAACGCUCCGCGUGUGCGAGACGGUAUGAAUUUGUCAGAGCAUUUCUGUGCGUGUGUGUUAGGGAGCGGUGGCGCACCGGUUAGCGCACUGCACUACUGUCUGAGCGAACUGAUUUCAAUUUCCGGACCACAGCUGUCAAAGGUCAGCGAGUGACAUUUGCACCCAGCUCAAGGCUUUCCCCCCCUAGGUCGACUCGGCCUUAAACGAGUGCCUGGUGCAGCGUGCAAACGUCAGCACUGGGGGAGACAAAGGCGGCCGUGUAUAAUGCUGGCCACAAUACCCCCCCUCCUGUGCCGUGUCGGCGUCCAUAGUCGCUCGUUAACAACGCUUGCCCCAACAGUCUGCAGAGGCUACAUGGGGGACCUGUGUGUGUGUGUGCCGGUGUGGGUGGACUCUGGGUGACUAACACAAGGGGUUGUGUGUGUGCAUCAACACACACCACAGGUUUACACACCCACGCAUGCUGUACACGUACACACACCCACAACGUUACACGGUCUCAUAUAUCAUGUGAAUGCCCAAACUGUAACGAGGCCCCAGUUUACGCGAAUAAAUCUCCACGCAAUUUUGGCC